AGUAGUCCUGUCGCAACGUAAGAAGUUAUUGCGUCGAAAAUAUGACAUUGUCAACCAUAAUACUGCUCCGAUAGUCCGAUAUCAAUUACUUCGAACAUAAACUAUACCGAUAUUAUAAUAAAUUACACCGACGUAUUUGAUGAUAGAGAUAAUAGAGAUAAAUACUAAACUACACGAUGAGCACGAUUUAAGUCUUAAGAUAGUAAAAUCUAUAGACCCAUUUUAUUUUUUUAUAGACCCAUAUUCUUAUUCUAUGUAUAGUCCUAUUAAUUUAGUAAAAAGCACGGUGUAGAGAAGUGGUAAAAAGUAUAAAAUAAACCCUAACUAUAAUAAUAGUAAUAUACACAGACUUAAAUACAUACCAGACUAUAAUAUACUUCUAUUAUAGAAGUCUGUGGUAAUAAAGUAGUAUGUCUACACAUGCACAAAAGAUGAUAGUGAUUGUGAUAACCACUGAGAUAACUAAUAAAUGAAAUAUAUGAGUAUAAUAUUAUUUUAACUAACCGUCUUCUUUAGUUCUUCUUAGAUCAGUUUUCAUGCCAUUGCCCAUUGUUAACCGAGUUAAUAUAUUAUUAAAAUUAUACAUUUUGUUAUUUCUAUUUUCAUUUGAGUAGGUAUUCUGUGGUAUUCUGUGGUAUUCUUUAAGUACCUAUUGUAAAAAUGAAUAAAAUUGCGAAGUCGUACAAAUGUUGCAUUUUAUGUCUGAAGUCGCCAAAUAAAGUACCUGGUCUUAAAUUGCAUCGAUUUCCAACAGACAAAGUAAAAAUAAAUGUGUGGUUAAAUGCUUGUGGCUUAGAAGCUGAAGAAUAUUUACCAAAUCGAAGGUUAUGUUCCAGACAUUUUGAUAAAACAUGUUAUACCAAAUCUGGUUCUCGUUUAAAAUUAGAUGCGAUUCCUACAAAAUAUUUAAAAGGACAAAUCAUACGACCAUUUUUUCAACUAUCUAAAGACAAAACAACAAAUGACGACAUAAAUUCUACUUGUGAAACUGAUCAAUUGACUAUUCAGCCAUCGGAGUCUGAAACAGUAAAUAUUAGUAAUGAAAUUUGUUCAAUUAAUGAGUCAAUUCAUAAAGUUGUAAGCCCUGUGUCUACUCAUGAACUGCAAGUUGUUGCAGAAACUCUAAAAAAGAAAAAAAAUUUUAUUGGCAAAAUAAAAACACCUGACUUUGCUACACCCAAAACAGACAGAAAGAGUUUCAUAUUAGCUAAAACUCACAUUAAAAUGCAAAAAAAUAAAAUUCAAAUUCUCAACCAGAAAGUUAACAGUUUAAAAAAAGAGUUAUCUUCAUUAAAAUUAUUAAUGAGUCAUCUAAAACAAAAAAAAGUUUUAAGUAAAGAGGCCCAUGAUAAUAUUUUGGAAGUUCAACCAAGAAUUCAGAGAAAAAUUAAAAAUGGUAACAAUCAAUGGGUUUAUAAAGAGUCAAAGGAUACAGUGAACAGUGACUAAGACAUGUAAUGAAUUGUUAGGACUUCUAAAUUGAAAACCGAAAGGAAAAAGUCUACAGAGUUGUUCACGAUAGAGAUGGAUGGAUGUCAUAGAAAAAUAUUUGGAAGACCUUGGACUUUGGAGCAUAGAAUUAGAGGGAGAUAGUACAGGAUCAAGACAAGUUGAGUGAAUUGGUGAUGGCGGAAAAAACUCUUGGAGAGUUAUGAAGGCCGGAAGAAGAAGAAAUUUUAUUUUAUGUAGAAUACAACAACUGAUUCUGUUAGAGUAAUUAUAAUAUUAAUAGAGGUUUGAAAGCUAAGAAUUCAAAAUAUACUGCAACUAUACGUAAU